UCCUGAAGUGAAAUCCUCUUAGGAUCUAUGCUCUAUUUCUGUCUAUGUUCUGGUCUUUUAAAAUCUCCAUUAGACCAAUUUCAUUGGCUGGAAGUGACACACGCAUACACACAAAAACACACACCAUCCAGCAACAGAUAGCUCAGUGAAGUGAUCGAGUGUAGACCAGUGCAAGGUUAGCUACUGACACAAAGGGAGGACUUCACUGUGACUGUGGGAGGUAGCAAACAAGAAAAAUGUCUGACAAAAUGAUUGAUUUGGAAGAGACCGCAACCCAAACAGGUCCAAAAGGAGUCAUCAAUGACUGGAGGAGGUUUAAGCUGGAAAGUAUGGAUCAGGAAAACUUGCCACCUGCAAAAAAGGAACUGCUGAGACAAAUGUCAUCCCCGAGCAAGCCAAAAGAUGACACCAGAUCAAACCUUAACCGCAAGAUGAGUGUCCAAGAGUAUGAGCUGCUUAAGGAGGAGGAUGAGGGAUGUCUAAAGAAAUACAGAAAGCGGUGCAUGCAGGAGAUGCAUGAUAAACUCAGCUUUGGGCCCAGGUUUGAAGGUGUGCAUGACCUGGACAGUGGAGAGGCCUUCCUAGAAGUCAUUGAGAAGGAACAUUACAGCACAGUGGUGGUUGUCCAUAUCUACAAGGUUGGGGUCAAAGGUUGUGAGGAACUCAACAACUGCUUUGACUGCCUGGCCACUGAGUACCCCACUGUAAAGUUCUGCAGGAUUGAUGCUGUCGCAUCCGGUGCUUCCGAGCGGUUCUCAGAUGAGGUUUUGCCUACGCUGCUGGUGUACAAGGCUGGAGAACUACUAGGAAACUUCCUGGCCUGCACGCAGCACCUAAACGAGGAGUUCUUCGCCACUGAUGUGGAGGCCUUCCUCAACAGCUAUGGCCUGCUGCCAGAGAAAGAGCUAGCCAGUAUGGAAGAUGAAGAGGAAAACGAUGUAGAGUAAACAAAGAGUUCGCCUGCUGAGGAAGAAAAAAAGCUGUCUCGGAGGGCUGGAUAGAGAGCAAUGAAAGACAAUUUAUGACAUCAGACAAGUUGUUCUUUUGUAAAGAAUAGUUCUAUAAAAAAACUAUAACAUCUCCACUAGUUCACUAGUGUUUGAGAAUUGAUCUCUAAAGGAUAUAUUUUACAUCCAGUUGUAAAGAAACCCUGAUGUCCCACAUAUGGGUGCUCUCAAAUAUGAGUGUACAGUAAGGUGAGAAGAUAGAGCGAUUCUUUUUGAAAAUAUAUCACAAAUUCCCUCUCCACCACCCAAAGAAAAGCCAAACCAGCUAACUGUAAUUUAAAAUAAUUACAAUAUUCUUUUUUGUAACAAUAGACAAUAUUACAUGCUUAUGUAUAUUAUAAUUAUAAUAUAUAUAUUAUAAUAAUUAUAUAUUAUAAUAUUCAAAUACUUUUUUGUAGCAUUAGUUUGGGUUGAUCUGUACAAAAGUUAUUUAUAAAUCCAGGGUUUGUACAGAGUGAAAUCCUCAAAUGUCAUACAAUAUUUAAACACAUGUAUACUGUGUAGGUCUCUGUGGUGUUUUUGCCAUGAUUUAAAAAAAUAAUAAUAAUACUUUAACGGGCUAAAUAGGACAGGGACUAAGAAGAGGCAAAAGCAUUCUGGAUGUGGAAACAUUUUUGUGUAAACAUGUCUUCCAUCUGUCCAGUACAACAUACACUUGCUUCUUAAGCCAAUGUGGUGGGUGG